UCCGCAUAAUCUCUAUUUUCUCUAUUUGGAAACGUCUGCAAAAAGAGCUAUUUAAACUUAGACAGAUCCCCUAGAAGCCGCACAAGAGAUAUCUCAAAAUGGCAUAUAGAACACUUACCCGCUCUUUGCCUCGCUCGCUUGUUACUCCAAUUCGUUUCCCCUUUCGAUCUCUCUCCACCACUCUUCGCCGAAGUGAUAUCCUCUCCGACCUUGAAGAGAAGCUCCACCCUCGAGAGUUAGUUGAAAGAAAAAAGAAGUUGAUGGAAGAGAAAUAUGCUGAUAAAUUGAGAAAGGCUGCUGAAAAGGAAGGCGUCCAGGAUAUCGAAGAGCUCAAAAAGAAGGUACUUCAACCCAAGCUUGAUGCUGCCAAGGAAGCUGCUAGACUUGCAGAAGAAAAAAUCAAGGCUGAGAAGCAACUCAAGGAGGAUCCGGUGGAGAAGAAGGUCGUAGCUGAGCGAAAGAAGAAGUUGGAGAAGAAGGAGGUUUCGCAGGCCGAGGGUGACAAGUCAGGUAUCAAGCCCCUGUCAUCCAUUAUCAAUCUCCCUCUUAUUCACCUUACCCCACACGACACUAACGCCAUCUCCCAAAUCUGGAAUGCCUAUCACACUUCCCACCCUACCCUCUCCAACUCAUUCCUCUCUGCGUCCCUCCCUGCAUCCACAUACGCUUCCAUGCUCGCUCUCGCCAAACAAAACCCUUUCUUCGUCAUCCCCCUUCCUCGAUUAUCAGAAGCUCCCGUUGAAGCUGCCAAUCACCCUGAGAUGAAGACCGACGAGUACGAAAUGUUCUACCUUCAGUGGCUCUUCCACCCGACCCCUACUGCCUCUUCCCCUCCUUCCUCCGAACCUAAUCCCGAACCCUUACCUUUAACCACCUCCGCUAUCUUCACUCCUCUAGAAGAAUUUAAAAAGUCUGGCGAAUGGGCCCAACCUUACCUCGUCUUGACUCAUUACCCCGACCUCGCCCAGACCCACUCUCUCGUCCUUAUGCGAGGCGAAAUCUCCCCCGCAUCCGCUUCUGGCCCUCCUGGGAGUCUCGCUAACCCAGGUUUCUUGCUGUCCCAGCAACAAGCUCAGUUGUUGGCUUUGGCCUUGCAGAGGUUCUAUUGCACUGAUAUUCCUGUGCCAGGGGAGUCGGCCAAGCAGAAGGAUGAAAGACUGAAGAGGCAAGACGCAUUGAGAGGGUUUAGGGAAAGGCCUGAAGAAUGGAACUGGACUGGUUUGGUGGAAAUGGCUUAUGGGGGUUUGGUAUAAGCCGAUAGAAGUUCAUCAAAAUGCAUAUGUGACACAUCAA